AUGUGUUGUAAGUUUAUUCCCUCGUUUUACAUGCUUCUAUCGAUAGCAAAUGGGGUAUAUUGGGAUGGUGGUAGGCAACAAAUAUAUCCAGGAAUGCCACCACAAGGUAUGGGACCGCAGCCUCCGCACCCCGCACAGUUGCAAAUCCUUCAACCGCAACAACCGCAACAACCGCAACAACCGCAACAACCGCAACAACCGCAAAGUUUUGAUAAAAAAUGUGCUGGCUGCAUAAUAAAUAUAAAUUGCGGAGGUACAGAUUGCAUACCGACAACACCGUCAUACACGCGGGAAACAACAGUAUGGACGAUACCGCCAACACAGACACCACCGACAUUAGCACCGACCUGGACUUACGCAACUGCAAGACCAACGCCAAAAAGUUGCAUGUGUGCAUGCUAUAUGCCUCCGCCAUGUCAGAUAUGUCAACCAUGUCAGUGA